AUAAAUUGUUGUGUACUUACUAAUCAACAAAUUAAUGCUAACAUGAAUGCAUUGCUGGAAAAUUUAAACAAAAAUGCAGUAAUAUCAGAUGAUGGUUUUAAUGAUUAUGACUUAAAUGAUAUACUUCCAAUCGAAAAUCAUGAAUCUCUACAAGAAUUUGAAUUCAAGCUCCAAAAAAAAAAAAAAUGAAAAUAAUUUUAAAACUAUUAUAGUACACAAAUUGUCAUUGCUUGUUACUAAUAAAAGUGUAGGUGACUCAGUGAAGCGUUUAUUGUCCACAAUGUUUGAUGAUAAAGUUCUUGAAAGUUACUCAACAUAUGUCUUAAAAAAAAGAUUGAUAUUUUCUUCAUUGUAUACUCAUCAACUUCUAUUUGGUGUAUUGAGGACCAACUUUUUUUUUACAAUUUUUGUUAUUAGAUGGAUUGAUUAGCAUGUUGCACAUAGACAUUAGAAUUACUGAAAAAUAUGUUAA